CAGUGGCCGCGGCGCCGGCGCUUGCGUCACUUCCGGCGCGGUGUUUGUCAGGGGCGGCAACGGCGACAUGGCUCUGAACGGAGCAGAGGCCGGCGAAGCGGACUGGGAGCCGCCCUCCGAGGCCGAGACCAAGGUGCUGCAGGCGCGACGCGAGCGGCAGGAUCGCAUCUCCCGCCUCAUGGGCGACUACCUGCUGUGUGGCUACCGCAUGCUGGGAGACACGUGCCAGGACUGCGGGACCAUUUUACUCCAAGACAAACAGCGAAAAACUUACUGUGUAGCUUGUCAGGAGCUGAAUUCAGAUGUGGACAAAGAUAACCCAGCUCUGAAUGCCCAGGCUGCUCUCUCCCAAGCCCGUGAACACCAGCUAGCAUCCUCAGAGCUCCCCACUGCUUCUCGACCAGCCCCACAGCCCCCUGUCCCCCGGCCAGAGCACUGUGAGGGGGCAGCUGCUGGGCUCAGGGCUGCCCAGGGGCCUUCUUCUGCCUUGGCUCCCACAGCAUCUCUGGCCCCAGAUGUCCUGGCAGCAUCACAGUCAGCUUUGCUUCAGAAACUCGCAUGGGCCUCAGGGGAACUGGGCCCCAGCACCUCUUUGGAAGGAAGCAUCCAGCUCUGCACUCUGAUCCGGGUCUGUGCUGAAGCUCUGCAGGGUAUCCGCCAGCUGCAACAGUGAGGGGGCCUGGGAAAGAAGGGCCCCAGGGUGUUGGACUUGUCUAGCGUAUGGGUCCAGGAUUUAUUAUGAAUAGCUGCAAGAGAAAGGCACAGAAAACAUC